AUGAUAAAGAGGUCACUUGGGAAGAGCCUCGAAAUUAUGGUGGUCUGUGCAGAAAGCUGGAUUUGUAUCUGGGGAGCAAACGCUGAGGUUCACCGCAAAGCAGUCACCCAUGCGUUUUAUUGGAACUGCUGUCAGGGGCAGAAUGCUGGGCUGGAAGGACCAUGGCCCUGGCAACACUGCUGGCUUCAGAGUGCUCAUUUGCUGGCCUGUUCCGAUGACAUGAUGCUGUGUCCUGCAUGUGAAGAGCACAUCUGCCCUGGGACGAUCACCGUGUCCACUGGCCUUGAGCCUUUUCCUGAGGCUGAACUUGAAUGUCUCCCCAUGUGGGCUCAGUCCAGGAUUUUUAUUGUUCUGUGA